UGAUUAGCAUACCUCCCUCUCUAUAUAUUUCAUGCUGGGGCACUGACGCGCCACAGUACUGCAACGUAGUUCAACUGAAGACUUCCAUAUCGAAUCCGUCUAUAAAGACAACCAGUCAUGUCUGACAAACCAAACCUGGAGGAGGUCACCAGCUUCGACAAAAGCAAGCUGAAGAAGACCGAGACUCAGGAGAAAAACCCAUUGCCAUCUAAAGAAACCAUUGAACAGGAGAAGCAGGCUGCCUCGUGAAGACACAAGCUGCCAUCAUGCACUGUGCACACUCCCUUCCCUGCAUUGCCUUCUUUUCACACACUUCUUUUAGCAGUCUAACUUUGUAACCAAAAUGUUAAAAAAGAAAAAAAUGAAACUGAAAAAAGAGAAAAUCUAAAGCUGCAUCACUGUCGGAUUGGAUGAGCUGACCCCUCUAACAACACCUAGACGAGUCUGGACCGCCUCCUUUGUGCAGUCCAGCGAUGCAAAGGAAAGAGAAAGCUUCUGAUUCCAGGAGCUAGUAGCAUGGAUCCAUCUGGUGCCCAUGGUGGCUAUUUUGUGUUGGUUUCAGCUAUUGCCAUAGGACAAGGGGGCGUGGCCUAGUAGACAUUUCCAAAUAUUCAUCAUCCGAUUGAGGCGUGGCUUUUUGCUGACAAGUGACCAGCUCGCAAAGUUAUGGCAUUGUAUUUUUUAUUUCCACUUUUAGGAUAAACUGCACAAUCUUUGUUUAUUUAUGUUGGUAAUGAUUAACACCUUCUUGGUAGUGCUACUUCAGUGAAAUGCUUUUUUUAUUUGCAAAAGAGGAAGAGAAAAAAGCAAAUACAGUCUAGAUGUGAAAACACUUCUAAGAACAGGUGUUGUAUUUUAAUUGAAUGUGCCCUUUUAAUCGAUGUGGAUUUGGGGUUGCUUUAUGUGUUACGCCCUGUAUUGGUUGUCUUAUUGUGCGCCAGUUAUCUUUCAAAAUGUAAAUUCAACGUGAUCGCUUUCAGCUGUAGAACAAAUUGUUUUUUCUUGGGUUUUGUAAAAAACAAACUUCAGCAACCAUGUUAUAUUGCCACAAACUAUUAUCAAUAAUGGAAAAUUGAAACUGUUGUAAUAAAAAAAAAACUUUAUCAGAA